ACUCACAUGAGAGAGAGAGAGAGAGAGAGAGACGUGCGGACGGAACUGAAGAGUAACUGAACAUUGAGCUGGCUCUGUUAGAACGGUUAUUGGGUUAUUAGAAACAUUUUGCGCGUGUGCUUGUAUGGAACUGGCCUGGAAUGUGUUGUUGGAUAUGAUUCUCAACUGACAUAGACAUGGAUUGGAUCUCAUGGAUUUCUUUUCUGGUCACAUUGAUGCACUUCCCGGUUUACAUAGCAAGUAAAGUGCUAGACUUUGACAUAUGGGAGGGAAAUGUAACUGCGCUCUGGGAUCCCCCUGAAGGAGCCCCCAUACAUGCGGUUUAUCAAGUACAGCAAGCACCGUAUUUUGGUCAUAAUUCUUCUAAGUGGGACAUUGUGCCAGAGUGUAACAUGACUACAGAAACUAGAUGUGAACUUGGGAACUUAUUAUUUAAACCCGAAAUGAAAAUAAAGGUUGAAUUGCAAGGAAAUGGCAACUUUUCCUGGUCUGCGGUUAGAAGAAUACGUUUAUAUCUGAGUAAAUUAUUGGCUCCAGAAUUUGACCUGUCUUCCACUGCUAAUAUGGUAAAGGUUAAGAUUCACAGAAAGCCAUUUCUCCAAGAACUUUUUAAUAAUGGACCAAGUUACUCUGCCAUUCUGUAUCCCAAAGGACAGGAGAGUCAGGCUAUAACAGUAAGCGAUGAUGAUGACGAAGAUGGUGAGGUGGAGUUCACUUCAUUACCAUUAUGGCAGGAGUAUUGUGUCCAUGUAAAAGUGGAGAUGAUAUCUAGUGAUGUGAGCAACACCUCAUUACCACGGUGCAUAUAUCCAUCAGCAGAUAUGUCUAUGGUGAUCUACAUGGCAGUUAUUGGUGUUGUUGGAGUUAUGACCUUCUUCAUCUUUGUAGUCUGUUUCUUCUUAAGGCGUCCCGGUAAAAUGCCGGCUGUUCUGAAAUCCGCUGUGAAUGGAUGGCACCCUAUGCAUGUAGGAUUGAUCCAAGUGGAAACCGUCACUGACAAGGGAUGGGUGGUGAACACAAUGGCGGAAAAGAGUAAAGCGUUUUAUGAGGACGAGGAGCUUUCUGAGGAUGACAAAGAGAGAAGAGAGAGUACGGACAGUGGCGUAAGUGUGGGCCAGCAGAACUCGCUUAAGAACAGAGGCACAGACGGACAUACGGGAGAUGAGGACAGCGGCUGUGGAAGUCUGACAGGAACCGAUGACAGCGGUCUCAGCGGUGGAAGAAGAAGAAGCCUGGAAGAGCUCCCUUUCCUGGACGGUGGAGUAAAUAGCAGCAACAGUAAAAGAAAAGAUGACAGUGGCUUGGGAAUGGUAAACAAGGAUGAUUCCGACAAUCUCCAAGGGGCGGAUGGUGACCUGUCUGAGAUAGUAGUUGGUGGGGAUGGAUAUCGUAGUCAGAGCCCUUCUGCUGAUGCUGAAAGUAAGGCGACCGUUCCAUAUGACGUAGACACUAAAAUGGCCAGCCCUAGCAGUGGUUAUCGCUCUGGUCACGUGACCUGCUCGUGUUCUGACUUUGAGACUUGCAUUUGGUGCAAAACCAGGAAGCUCCUAACAGACAGUGGUUCAUUGUCUCAUGAGAAACUCAGUACUACCGAUAACGACAAUGACAGACCAAGCUAUUUGAAAAAAUCACCUGUACAGACUGUGAAUGCCCUAGGACUGGGAGAUUUGUCCUCCCAGUCAGAUGAGAACUCAAGUGAGUUGUCACUAUUCAUUACUUGUCCACUACUUCUACAAGAGCCCUGCCAACUUGACACUUUGCCUCUUACAUUAGGAGACAUAGAACUGACAUUCACGUGAGAUAUAAGACUUUUUCAUGAAUGCGUAAGCAAAUAUGGGCCGAACAAAGCGUAUCUGCUUCUCCUCCUGCCGUUUGCUCCAUUUUUUUGA